AUUAGAAUUGCAUAAUAAUAGAUUAACAGAUGCAAUGAAAUCAGCUUCUCUUCUCUUAUCAUUAUCACCUUCACUAACACUGUCACUCAAUUCACUAUUGUUGUUUUUGACUCACCAUUGUUGUUUUUAUGUGCUAUUAGAUAUGAGAUUUGGUAUUUUGGAUGUGUUGCAUAUAUUUUUCUAUGAUGUUGGGAAGUUGAAACUGUCACUCAAGGAUGGAUUGGAUGUGAUAAAGCGAAGUGUAGAGCGCAUCCGUGAUAGUGUGCAAUUCUGGACAGCAACUCCUAAAAGGAAAGAGAAAUUUGAAAUAGUUGCAAAACAAUUGAAAAUUUCUUAUGGUAAAAGUUUGUCCUUGGAUUGCCCAACUAGGUGGAACUCUACCUUUUUGAUGCUUCAUUCUGCUUUGAAGUAUAAGAUUGUAUUUCCUCGUCUGAAGCAAAUGGAUAAGGAUUACAAGACUUUACCUAGUGAGUCUGAUUGGGAGUUUGCAAGGAAGGUUUGUGACAAGUUGGAGUUGUUUUAUGAUGUGACUGAGUUGUUUUCAGGGGCUAAAUACCCAACUUCGAAUUUGUUCUUUGAAAAGGUGUGCGACAUAAAGGUGGGCAUCUCUAAUUGGAUGUUGGAUGAUGAUGCUUUCAUUAGAGAUAUGGCCAAAAGCAUGAUGACAAAAUUUGAGAAGUAUUGGAGUACUAUUCAUGAUGUUUUAGCUAUUGCUGCUGUAUUUGAUCCAAGGUAUAAGUUUACCUUGUUGGAGUGUUAUUUUCCAGAUAUCUAUGGCGUUGAAUCAAGGGCAUGUAUUGAGAGUGUUCGACAAUUGUUGGUUGAAUUGGAGAAGGAUUAUAAGAAGUUAAAUGUGGAUGGGAGUCAAGAAGGAAAUCCGUCUCAUGAUGGGAGUUCGAUUAGUCAAGGUGGAGGAAGAAUGACAGCAUAUGAUAGGUAUGUAGCAUCGUUGACUACUAGCUUUGUAGAUGUUGAAACUGAGUUGGAUGGCUACCUCAAGGAGAAAGUCUUGCCCAAGACAGCUGGAUCUGACAUUUUAUUGUGGUGGAAGGCAAAUGAGUCAAAGUAUCCGACUUUAGCAUUGAUUGCUAAGACAUACUUGCCAUUCCAGUGACUACUGUGGCUUCUGAGUCUGCUUUUAGUGCCGGUGGAAGACUAGUUAGCCCUAGUCGCAGUAGACUUCUCCCGGAAACUGUUGAGGUUCUAAUGUGUGCUCAAAACUGGUUGCUCAAUUCAACCAUUCCAGGUAGCUUGAUAACCUUUGAUUGUUUGAUUUCACAUAUGAACUUUAAUACAUGUUUUGAGUUAUGAUAUUGUUGGUUACCAUUAUUUGCUAACUUGCUAUCCUAUUUGCAGAUGGCUUGGAAACAAUUGAUAAGCUCAUGACUUAUGCCACUGUUAAUGAUGACCUAGAUCCAGAUUGUGCUUCAUGUGUUACCGGUAUAUUUAAUAUUAUAAUUAUUUUCUUUAAAACAUCCAUCUUUCUUAUGUUUGUGGAGACAUUUUUAAUUUUGGUCUAUCUAAUUCUGUAGAAUGAAGUCGAAGUUAUGGA